AUGCCAAAGUUACAAGACAACGGCGAGCGCGAGGGCGAGGACAAAGACAACUUCUCGGAUGAAAUCCGUGCCACCCUAGUUCAUCAUGUGCUCAUACAUGGGAGGACUAUGAGAGAAGCUGGACAGCUAGUGCAACCCAACCUAAGCCGUUACAUGGUUGCAUCCAUUGUCCAUAAUUUCAGAAGGGAAAACAGAGUAUCUGAGCCGGAUGCCAGGGCUGACCCACAUGAGUACAUCUUCACUGACGAGGCAGGGUUCAACCUAUCAAAAAGGCGCAAAAAGGGGAACAACAUCAUUGGUCACCGUGCCAUCAUACAAGUUUCUGGCCAGAGGAGAGGCAGCGUCACCCUAUGUGCAGCCAUCAGCAAUCGUGGUGUCCUCCUCCGCCAUGUCAAACAUGGCUGCGGACAGUAUGACCGCAACCCCUAUGCACAGCGAAACCUCCUGGAGGCGAUGGUGGACGCCAGUGGUGAUGUAUCUGUGGAGUCUAUCCAGAGUUUUCUAAGGCACACAAGGGCAUUUUUCCCACGCUACCUGGCAGGAGCAGACAAUGUGAAGAUGACCUCGUGGAUACUGCUGGUGUGUGGGGGUUUGGCGGGCGUGGUCUUUACCCAGCGUUCUGAGCCAAUGUUUAGCAGUGUGACUCACAGUGUGCUACCCCCUGACUACGACAACAACCCAACCCAGCUCAACUACGGCGUGGCCGUCACAGACGUGGAUGGAGAUGGAGAUCUGGAGAUAUUUGUGGCUGGAUACAAUGGCCCAAACCUGGUGCUGAAGUAUGAUAAAAGCAAGAAGAGACUGGUCAAUAUUGCCGUAGAAAACCGCAGCUCCCCAUUCUACGCGCUGAGGGAUCGUCAAGGCAACGCGAUUGGAGUGACGGCGUGUGACAUUGACGGUGAUGGCAGAGAAGAGAUCUAUGUCCUGAACACCAACAAUGCCUUCUCAGGUCGAGCAACGUACACCCACAAGCUCUUCAAGUUUCGUAAUGGUCGCUUUGAGGAUCUCCUGAAUGAUGAGAUAAAUAGCGACCGGGAUGUAGCCAAUAGCAUGGCGGGUCGAUCGGUAGCCUGCGUGGACAGAAAGGGAACAGGACGUUAUGGCAUCUACGUUGCCCACUAUGCCAGUGGGAGUGUGGGUCCACAUGCUUUAAUUGAAAUGGAUGAGAGCGCCAGUGACGUGUCUAGGGGGCUCAUUGCUCUGUCAAACGUGGCAGAGGAGGCUGGAGUCCGGGAAUUGACAGGGGGCAGAGGGGUCGCGGUCGGGCCCAUAUUGAGUCGGACGCUUUCCGACAUCUUCUGCGAUAACGAGUAUGGCCCCAACUUCCUGUACCGGAACAACGGGGAUGGGACAUUCACGGAUGUGGCCGCACAGUCAGAAGUGGAUGACAAGUUCCAGCACGGUCGAGGGGUCGCACUGGCUGAUUUUAACCGAGAUGGAAAAACAGACAUUGUUUAUGGGAACUGGAAUGGACCCCAUCGUCUCUUCCUUCAGCUCAGCAACAACCGCAAGCAACGAUUUAAGGACAUCGCAUCGCAGAAGUUCUCCAUGCCGUCUCCCGUACGCACGGUGAUAGCAGCGGACUUUGACAACGAUAACGAGCUGGAGGUCUUCUUCAACAACAUCGCGUACAGAGGUCCGUCGGCGAACAGGCUUUUCAGGGUGUCUCGGAGAGAGCAUGGAGACCCACAGAUCGAGGAGUUGAAUGUGGGAGACGCGGCUGAGCCAGAUGGCCGAGGGACGGGGGCUGCAGUGACAGACUUUGAUGGAGACGGCCAUCUGGACCUGCUGAUCACUCACGGGGAAAGCGCAGCCCAGCCCAUCUCAGUGUACAGGGUUAAUCAGGGCUCGUCCAAUAGAUGGCUGCGUGUGAUUCCACGUACUCAGUUUGGGGCCUUUGCCCGCGGAGCCAAGGUGGUUGUCUACACCAAGAAAACCGGGCCUCACUCGAGGAUCAUUGAUGGGGGCUCGGGAUACUUGUGUGAGAUGGAGCCUGUGGCCCACUUUGGACUUGGGAAGGAUGUGGCCACCAGUGUUGAAGUCUAUUGGCCGGACGGGCGUUCCGUGGCCAGGCCGCUGGAGGCCAGUGACAUGAACACGGUCAUGGAAAUCCUGUAUCCAUACGACGGAGAGGAAACGACACCUGCUGCAGAGAUUGAGUGUGGACAUGGAUUUGUAGUCAAUCAACAGGGACGUUGUGCUGACCAAGAUGAAUGCACACAGUUCCCCUCUGUCUGUCCCCCUGAGCGUCCUAUCUGCACCAACACCUUUGGGAGCUACAAGUGUCGCGCCAACAAGAAGUGUACCCAGGGUUACCAGCCGAACGUUGAGGGCACGGCAUGUGUGGCUCAGGUGGCUUAUUUUGGAGGAAACCGUUCUUCUGGCCUCAGGCCUUGGGCUUCUUACCUCUGGCCUCACUCCUUGACGCUACUGGCUCUACUCACUUCCUGCCUGGAGGCCUGA